UUCUUUAUAUAAACUACGCUGCAUGCGUUUUUUUCAUUUAAAUAUAUUUAGUUGAAGUUGUAUGUGCAUUCCCUAAAUCUCUAUAUUAUUGAUAGGUUUAGUAUUGAACACUCGUAUUUCAGUAAGUUGUGUGUUACUGUGUGUGAUUAGACCGGAAGUAUAACUUCAAUGCAGUUGUAAAAUUAGACAGUUUUUUUACGUCAUCGUAAUUAUGGAUACUAAUUCUGAUUUGGACAUUACUAUGAGAAGAGUUAUGAUGUCACACCAAGGCAUUGUUAACGUCAUGUUUCCUAAACCAGAAUCUAAACCAGGUCCAAGUGGUGUUCAGGAGCCCAAACGUUUCGUUAAAACAAUGGAUUUCGAUGUGGAGAAUACCGAUUACACCGUGGCCGAGUUCUACGAGCGCUUCGUAAAUGAGUUGCCACAGGUUGUCAUGAUCAGUCAGGGAUUCCUCGGAGACAUCGUGGCGGACACAUUCGAUAGAGAGAUGAUAAUCCGUAUCCAAACGGUAUCCAGGCAACGGCGCGUGGUCGCCAGGGCCGAUAUGGGAGAUCAUUCUAAACUUAUUAGCAUCCCGCUGACCUACCCUGAGAAAGUCUGCGUCGUCAAGAAAAACAAAUUGAGCAAGGUCCAGACGAUAAAAGGGGUCCUAGACGGAUAUAGCCUACCGUGUCACGUGCAGUUCCCCAAGGACAUAACCAUUAGCGUGGGAGGUCAGACCAUCAGCACGAAUCACAUCCCAAAACUUCAGCUUCAGAAAGCUUUCGAUGAGAUGUACCUGCUGGGAAACUUCAUUGUUGAUGGUGUAAUGGGACCGGAAGUUGUGCACGUACCAUUGUACCUGUCUCAAUUGCGUAUGACCCGCGUAACGUGCCUCAAGAACACAUCCCAACAGAAAUGGCGGGGUUACCUGGAGGAGUUGGCGCGUUUUAGUUCCUACUUGAAUUAUGACAAAGAGUACGGGAAUGAAGGCAUUGCCCAAUACGACGCAUCGGCGGUGCAUUCAGACACCGUUUACUCCUACGUGGAACCAAGACAAUACUCAAACAUCGCUUCGGUGUUCCAAUAUCGUCGCGGGAACCCGAUUGAUAACCCCACCUCCAUACCUUCAGAUGAGGCUCAACAUGGAGAUACUGAGUCCGGGUUAUAUCACGAAAUCACAGAUUAUCACAAGCCAAUUUUGGCAACGUUUGGAAUUCGUAAUGCCCAUGAUAUAUCUCUACAAUCACACAAAGCGCUGGAAGUGCAGCCACAGAAACAUUUUAAUGUAUCUCAAGUUCAUAAUCAGAACAAAGACCCAGUAUCAUCGGUAACUGCACAGUCUCUCGUGCAAGCACGUGAAAACCUUAAAUCAACGGGACCAGAACCCCGUGCAUCUCAGCAACCCAAUAAUAGUCCGGCUCCGGUCCCAACCGUUAGGGCCCAACCGCCCAUCGGGAUCAAGCCCCGUCGGCCGCCACCGGAGAUUCCAAAGACACAGGAAAGCCCUCAUUUGCCCGAGAGCCUACCGAAGACUCCCUUGCAGACGCUGGCAUCUGCAGAACACAAGUUGGCCAUCUACUCAAAUGACCUUCCGAGGACUAGCAUUCCUCCUUUCCGACAAGAACCGAAGGACGCCAUAGAACGCAAGCAAAUAUGCCCUUCAAAACCAGGUCAGCAAAGCCACACUCUGGAUUUGAUUGAAAAGUCUGGCCGCGUAAAUGAACAUCUACCAACAGUUAAUGACAGAAUUGAUGUGAAGAAACUGUCGAUUAACGAGGUGUGUGGUUAUCUUAAAGUACUGCGGCUGGAAAAAUACGAGUCGAUGUUUCGAGAGAACAUGAUGGACGGCGCGCUCUUGGCUGAACUGUCUAAAAAUAUUUUUGAACAAGAAUUUGGUAUGACGGUUCUUGAAGCUGUGCGAAUUUUAAAGUUCGCCAAAGAAGGGCAUUUGCCGAGGUAGACAAUUACAGUUGCAAUUUGUGUGUCGCUUGGAAAACCAAGAAACACAUAAAACCAUGUAAGGUUGAUACUAUUCGUUAUGAAAUUUACAGUACACUUAUAUGUAAGAGGUGCAACCGUUUUCUUUGAUAGAACCUUAUAAAGCAAUGCAGGAAAACUAUAACUUUAAAAUGAAAAGAUGAAACUGUGCCCGUGUGCUUUUUAAAUUGUGUUAUACCAUAAUGUAUGUUAUAAAAUAUAUUAAAAUACUGUUUUGUUUAAAAUUGGCGUAUUUAAUUAAGACCUUGUUAAAGUCGUGUAAUCCAACAUAUUGUUUGUAUUUGUACAUGUUGCGUAUUAUACCAUUUAAUGACA